CCUACCUGUGCAGGUAGCUCUUGCCCUCACUCUCUCUUUCUCUCGUAUUUCUCUCCGAUUCUCUCGCCCGUUUCUCUGCCUGUGUGUUGUGCAGAGAGUUGCAUAAAGGGUACAUAACGCGAGGGUUUAGGACGAAGGGACUCAUUCUUGUGUAAGGUGUCAAACGAUCAAGUUCAAGCAUUGUACUCUGUUCAUUUAUUUUUUUCUGUUGAUCGUUAUCCGGAAAGUUUAAGAAAGCUCCGAGUGUGUUAAUGAAAAACAAUAAUAAUACAACGAAAAGCAUUACCAUGUCAUCGAGUGUGCUGUCCACCAACGAUACGUUUCCAACGACCAUCAAUUCGGCAACGAAGAUCUUUCGUUAUCAACACAUAAUGCCAGCCCCUAGUCCAUUGAUUCCCGGUGGCAAUCAAAAUCAACCCGGUGGCACAAUGCCAAUUAAGACUCGCAAGUAUACACCAAGGGGUAUGGCACUGACCAGAUGCUCCGAAUCAGUAUCAUCUUUAUCGCCUGGUUCCUCGCCGGCUCCAUAUAAUGUAGACCAAUCCCAGUCGGUCCAAAGGCGCAAUGCUCGCGAACGAAAUCGUGUGAAGCAGGUGAACAACAGCUUCGCCAGAUUGCGGCAACAUAUUCCACAAUCCAUAAUUACGGAUUUGACAAAGGGUGGUGGUCGAGGACCUCACAAAAAGAUCUCCAAAGUAGAUACACUGCGCAUUGCCGUCGAGUACAUCCGGAGGCUUCAGGAUCUGGUGGAUGACCUAAAUGGGGGCAGCAAUAAUGGUGCCACCAACAAUGCAGUCACCCAGCUUCAACUUUGUUUGGAUGAGUCCAGCAGUCACAGUUCCAGCAGCAGUACUUGCAGUUCCUCAGGGCAUAAUACCUACUAUCAAAACACGAUCACUGUCAGUCCUCUGCAGCAACAGCAGCAGCUACAGAGGCAGCAGUUCAAUCACCAGCCGCUGACAGCCCUCUCAUUAAAUACCAACUUGGUGGGCACAUCCGUAACAGGCGGAGAUGCAGGAUGCGUAUCCACCAGCAACAACCAGCAAACCUGCCACUCGCCAACAUCAUCCUUCAACUCCAGCAUGUCCUUUGAUUCAGGCACCUACGAGGGAGUUCCCCAACAAAUAUCCACCCACCUGGAUCGUAUGGAUCAUCUAGACAACGAAUUACACACGCACUCCCAACUUCAGCUGAAAUUUGAACCAUACGAACAUUUUCAAUUAGACGAGGAGGACUGCACGCCCGACGACGAGGAGAUUUUGGACUACAUCUCUCUAUGGCAGGAGCAGUGACUCAAUCCUCAAAAUUCACCUCCACGCCCUAUUUUCUUCUAGUCAAUGUUGAGUUGAACCAAGUGCCUCAAAUUGUAAAUAACACUAAUACAAAAACAACAUAACCCCAAUUUUUUUUCUUACUUUAAGCUAUUUUUUUUACAUUGUUAAGAACCACGAGACCAGUUUCAAAUCUAUAUAUUUAUGAAAUAAUUAUAGCAUGGAAACGA